CAUGCGUAUCUGACAUGUUCAGGAUUGGCUGUCACUAAGAUUAAGUGAAAAAGUGGAAUAGUCUAAUCCGUCAUAUGCCAAAAAAAAGGUUGGUCAUCACGCCGCUGCAGCCUUGACCUCAUACACUCUCAACUCAGUUUACAUUCAGAAAAAGUCCAAAGUCUGUCGAAUGCAGUAAGUGUGCCAUAAAAAAAAAUAAAGCCCCAUGGUUAGGAUUAAUAAACCUAUCAAAUCACUAUGUGUAUUGUAUCCCUGCACAAACACCCACACACUCAUAUGUUCAGGUGGGAGGGCUGCAGCUGAUGGGCUGGUGUGAUAAAGUGGUGAUAAAAGCAGGUGUUCGGAGAAUAUCCUUCCCUUACAGAAGAAUCGCUGACAGCCUCUCAGAACAGCUCCAAACACUUAAUUCCUGUUUUUGUGACGCUGACACAUAAAUCUGGGACAAUGCAACUGAAUCACGUCAUUGUGACUCUCUGCCUUCUUGGCGCAGUGGCUUUGUGUCGAGGACAGGGGCCCACCAAUGUAUCUACGCUUGCACCUGUCACUCCCUCAAAUCGUCCAUCCAGCCCAGACCCAGCGACACAAACGGGAUCAUCAGGAACCAAAGUGCCUGAUGCCACUGCCACUGAGCCUGAUGCCACUGCCACUGGGCCUGUUCCCGGUACCCCUGUGACAGACCCCGCUGCCCCUGUGACAGACCCCGCUGCCCCUGUGACAGACCCCGCUGCCCCUGUGACAGACCCCACUGCCCCUGUGACAGACCCCACUGCCCCUGUGAAAGACCCCACUACCCCUAAGCCCGUGGAAGAAGUUGACCCUGGGCUUUCCGGUGGCGCCAUAGCUGGCAUCACCAUCGGCUCCAUCGCUGGAGUGGCUGCAGUUGGUGGUGGUAUCUUUGGUGCGUUGAAGUUCACCGGGAGGAUCUGAGACUAGUUCUAGCCAAACAGCAGUUUAAAUAGCAAAGCAUAGUAAACAAUAACCAUCCUAGACUGAUUAAUUAGUGACCAUAUUAACUGAAUAAAGAAAAGGCCCAAAUGUCUGAAAGGCCCAAUGAGAGAAUAUACUUGUGUUUAUAACCUAGAGGAUGAUUUAAUGGGCCGGGAGGAAGACAUGUGCAGAUCGGAAAAAAACAUCCCAUAGUUGAUCAAAACAUGUUUUGCUAUAUAGAAGUUAAGUUAAAAAAUUGUACAAAUCGCUUUUUGAAAAAUUGAAAAGAAACUGCUAAGGUGUUUAAUUUUUUUUUUUUUUUUCAAUCUGUAAAUAUUAACAAUAAUGAGCCGGAUUUCCUAAUAUGUAUUUUUUUAUAUUUGGAGCAUGUGCAGAGGGGGAAAAUAAAUUACCGUUGGGAUCUUGAAUCGAAAGUCUAUAUUUAUAUAUGGAGCAAAAGCUUUGAAAUCACUAUAUACCUUUAAUAAAUGACUCCUUCCCCUUACCGUAAA